AUGGACAAGUUUUGGGUCCGAAUUUGGAACCCGGCCACACAAUUGAGGUCCAAGAAAUCACCAGCCUUUAGUAUCGGCGACGACAGGAGGUUUGGGUUUGGCUAUGAUGAUUCACGUGACACUUACAAGGUGGUGGUGCUUUCAGAAUAUCCUAGUCAUGGAAAGGUGAAAACGGAGACAAUGGUUUAUUGCAUGGGUGAUAGUCACUGGAGAAAUAUUUUGAGCGAUCCCGGUAUACCACUUUCGCUAAUGUGGAGCGAUGGGCAAUUCGUGGGUGGCUGUGUUAAUUGGUUAACAGAAGAUCCCAACAAUUUAUAUGAACACAUUGGGGAUAGUGAGGACGAUGAGUGCAAUGAUAUUAUCCAAAUGGCGAUUGUUUUAUUUGACAUGCGUGAGGAGACAUAUAGAUUUUUGUCAUUACCGGAUACUGGUGGCGUGCCUUAUACUAGCAUAGGCUUUGGAGUUUUGGGGGAUUGUCUGUGUCUUUAUUAUGACCAUGAGGAAACCCAUUUUAUUGUGUGGCAAAUGAGAGAUUUUGAAGUUCGAGAGUCUUGGACUCGAUUGAUGAGUGUCAGUUAUGCACAUCUUCGAUGUGAAGAGUAUACAUUUUAUCUACCAAACAUAUGUUUUUGUGAAGAUGGUGACAUCCUGAUGCUUAUACAUGGUUUCAAAGCUAUCAAGUAUAACCUAAGAGAGAAUAGCGUGAAACAUGUUCAACACCCCGACAACAAACUUUGGCUGAAUGUCAAAACUUAUGUGCAAAGUUUGGUUUUACCUCGUUAA